AUGACAAUAACUUUUGUGUAUGCUUUCAACGAGGUGGAGUCAAUGACAGCUUUAUGGCAGGAACUUGAGGAUCUAAACUCAUCUACUCCAGUCUCUUCUCAUCCUUGGGCAGUACUAGGGGAUUUUAAUCAAAUCACCCGAUCUAACCAACACUCCCAGGAGAUGGAGUUGGAUGUUGACACUAGUGGCAUGGAAGAUAUGAACCUGGCUUUGCAGGAAGUUGAGAUAUUUGAAGCUCAGUCCAAAGGACUUACUUUCUCGUGGUGGAAUAAUCAAGAGGCAAAUCCAAUUUCAAAAAUGAUAGACCACGCCUUCAUUAACCAGUCUUGGGUGCAGCGAUUUCCAGCAGGCUAUGCAGAGUUCUUGGAACCACAACAAUCUGACCACGCUCCCUGUCUUUUCCGUUUGCCUGAUGAUGAGAGGAGGGCUCCAAAGCCUUUUAAGUUUUUCAACCACAUAAUUGAUCAUCCGCUUUUCAUGGAAACAGUGAGGUCAAAUUGGAAUCCAAACUCAGUGACGGGAACUUAUCAGUUUAAGUUGGUGCGGUCCUUGAAAAUUCUAAAGAAAGAUCUCAGGGGGAUAAAUCAGAGGAACUAUACUACGUUGGAACACACCGCUAGAUCUGAAUGGCAUACACUUGCAAAGGAAGAACAAAAGUUUUACCAUCAGCGGUCCAGAGUUCAGUGGUAUGAUCUUGGAGACAAAAAUACGGCUUUCUAUCACAAGACGGUCAACCAGCGAAAUGCACAAAACCAUAUUCACUUACUCACGGCUCUUGAUGGAAGUUCGAUAACAGGCAUUGAUGCGAUAAAGGCGCACACAGCUGAUUAUUUCGCAGAAGUGCUGGGAGCUCCUCAGGUUGUGCCAUCUUGCAGUGCUUCAGUGCUGUUAAACCUGUUGCCAUUUCGAUGCUCAGCGGAUCAGGUGGAAGAGAUUCAAAAACCGGUGUCUGAAGAAGAAAUCACAAGGACAGUUUUCUUUAUGCCUAAGGAUAAAAGCUCUGGCCCAGAUGGCUACAAUGUUGAGUUCUUGAGAGCGUCAUGGAGCAUAGUGGGAAAGGAUGUGAUUGAAGCAGUGAAAAUUUUGUUCCGGAAUGCUCGCCUUCAGAAGGAUAUGAACAUCACCACACUGGUUCUUAUACCUAAGACACCUGAAGCUUCCUCAUUGGGAGAUUUUAGGCCUAUCAGCUGCUGA